UAUCAACCAAACGGCUCCGGGCACAAUUCCCUCCCGCCUUUCUCACCCCGUCACUCCGUUUACCCCCCGCAGCACCAGUGGGCGCUCUCACGUUGCCGUCGGCGCUCCGCCCUCCGCUCUCUCUCCUCUUCCGUCAGACCGCGGAAGCGGCAGCUGUACGGCGCCAUGGCGUCGGAGGGUAAGGAGGCGGCCGAGCUGCAAGCGGAGGCUGGUAGCGGCGUCGAGGCGGAGAGCGGCUUUGGGCAGCUGCUGGAGGAGGAAGAGGAGGAUGGCGGCUACGUGCUGUACAGGGACAGAAAAGAAUGGGCUGACAUUGAACCCGUUCCUCAAAAUGAUGGCCCAAAUCCUGUGGUUCAGAUCAUCUACAGUGAAAAAUUUCGGGAUGUCUAUGAUUACUUUCGGGCUGUUCUACAGAAGGAUGAGAGAAGUGAAAGAGCUUUUAAGCUAACAGCAGAUGCCAUUGAAUUAAAUGCUGCAAACUAUACAGUAUGGCACUUCCGGAGGGUCCUCCUGCAGUCCUUGGGAAAGGAUCUCUAUGAGGAGCUUAAAUAUAUUACAGCAAUCAUUGAAGAUCAGCCAAAGAACUACCAAGUCUGGCAUCACAGACGAGUGUUGGUGGAGUGGCUGCAGGAUCCAUCCCAAGAGCUUGAGUUCAUAGCUGACAUUCUUAACCAGGAUGCCAAAAAUUACCAUGCUUGGCAACACAGACAGUGGGUUAUUCAGGAGUUCAAGUUAUGGGACGAUGAACUGGAAUACGUAGACCAGCUUCUAAGGGAGGAUGUGAGAAAUAACUCUGUUUGGAACCAAAGAUAUUUUGUAAUUUUCAACACCACCGGCUAUGAUGAUCCAGCAGUGCUAGACAGAGAAGUCCAAUACACUCUUGAAAUGAUCACAGCUGUACCUCAUAAUGAGAGUGCUUGGAACUAUUUAAAAGGGAUUCUGCAGGAUCGUGGUCUUUCUAAGUAUCCAAAUCUGCUAGAUCAGCUGCUGAGUUUACAGCCCAGCCACAGUUCACCCUAUCUGAUUGCCUUUCUUGUGGACAUAUAUGAAGAUAUGCUUGAAAACCAGUGUGAAAACAAGGAAGAAACAUUAAGCAAGGCAUUAGAGCUGUGUGAAAUCCUGGCUAAAGAAAAAGACACUAUCCGGAAGGAGUACUGGAGAUACAUCGGGAGGUCUCUUAAGAACAAGCACAGUUCUAACACUGAACAGAGCACAGUGACAGACAAGCAGCAGUAACUGAACUUGGAAGAAAUAAUGUUAAGCUCUCAAGCUGUUGUAGAAGAGUACUCAGUAGGGGAUGUCAACUGUUGUAAAAUGCAUCGUAGUAUUCCUCUGGUGAAAGAAGUGUUGCUGCAAUCAAAGAGGAGUGCAGAGUGCUGCAUAGUUUCUUGAGUUGCCUCUAUGACUGGUGAUAUCUCUAGAUGUAGGGGAAAAAAAAUUAAAGCUUAAUUUAAACAUACCAACUAGAGGAUUUAUUUCAUAACAGCAAAUACAUAAAGGUAUACUUGCUAUUUAUAAAUCACUAAACCAAUUUCUCACACCUACUUUGAAUUGUUUCUAACAAUCAUGUUAGAUGCUGCAGUAAUUACUGCAAUUAAUGCUACGCAUAGGGGAUAUAAAGUAACCUACUUCAGAUUAAUGCAAGUAGGUGCAGAAGCUGUUUCUCUUAUGUGAGAGCAGCUAUGCAGCACUGGCAGCAUGUACUGUUGUUUGCAAUUAAUGCUAACUGUCAUUUUGUAAUAAAAGCAGUUAAAGCACCUGUCUGAAA